AACCGAUAUUUGUAACGAAGUAACCAAUUCUCCCCUAAUUGUUUGUCGAUAAGUUAAUGGCAUCAAAUAUAUUUGGUUUUAAAAUAGAAACCCUUUCUAUCAUAUAUACCUCACCGACACCGUCAACAUUGAAUGGAUGGUUAUGACGAAAUUGAGGUAAAACUCCCUGGUGUCAGGAUGGAGAAUUAUACUAAAGGAGAGGUACUUGAGGUCUCCAUGGAUGUACCAUUUCCCCUGGACAGUUCUAGAGUGGAGAUGAAAGUUACAGUGGGCAGCAAGCUUAGGAAUCUACUUGGAUAUUCCAUGAAAAAAAUAAAGGAACCUGAAGUUAAACAGAUGACCUGGAAUGCUUCAGGACAGGCAAUAGGAAAAGCAAUAUCGUGUGCAGAGAUUAUGAAAAGGAAAAAUAAAUCACUACAUCAGAUUACAAAGCUUAUGAACCGAAGAGUGGAAGAAUACUGGGAACCAAAGCUUGAGGGCCUUGACAGACUCAAGGUGAACAGAGACAUUCCUGCUAUCUGUAUUCUUCUGUCCAAAGACCAACUGGACACAACUGAUCCAGGGUACCAGGCUCCUGGAUCUCUAGGUUCAUUAUGGACAUCAUCAUCACAACAAGAUAGUGCAACAUCACACAAACAUGGAAGGGAUUCUGGUCAGCCAGGAUCAGCGACUGCCAAACGCCAACGAAAAGGCAAAAAUCAGAAAGACAACAAAAACAAAACCGGAGACAGAGGUGAUAAAACGUGAAUACAAAUAGAUACGAUUGGAAACAUUUCUUAUUCAUGGACAUGUCAUUACCUGAAGAAAAUGCUUAAAAGAAUUCAGGACAAUACCACUGUUAGAUUCAGUGCUGAGAAAAUGAGACAUUGGAAAAUGGAAAUUUUAAUCUAUAAUGGACACAGAAAUCCAUUCCUUCAGCACAUUGUAUCACACACAUUAUAUCUGUCUUCCAGAUUAUGAUGAAGGGAUGAUAUUCCUUAGUUCGGUUUGUUCUAGCGGAGAUGUUGUGUUGGAUUUUUUAACAAUCCCAAGUUUUCUCCUAUGUGAUUAAAGAUGCAUGUUUUAAGAUGCAAUACAUUUGUUGAAUACUGUUUUGUAAUGACUUUUUGCAGUUAUUAAAGGAAAUUGUGCAUAUGUU